AUGGAUAAAUUUGAUACAAUAGAAAAUUUAGAAAUAUCAUUAAUACUAGGAACUAUUUCUUCGACCGAUAAUAAUGAAUUAAUAAUAAAUACAAAUAUAAAAGAUUCAUAUGAAUUUGUAUCAAAUAUUAUUAAUGGUGAUUAUAAAAAAGUUUUAAUUUCUGAAAUUGCUCAAAAGUUUUUUGGAACAAAUUUAUCAACAAGAAUUGACGAUAGCGAUGAAGAUAAUUCAAUAAAAAAGUUUAUAAAAACAUUAGAUAUAUCUGAAUUUAAACAACUUGAAUUGAUGUGUAUUGCAAUUAGUUGCUUAAGCAUAUAUGUACAAACAUCUUAUACUGGACCCACUAAUGAUCUAAAACCAAUUGAUAUUCUUCCAAAAACAGCAAUUAUCAAAGAUGAUAAUAAUAAUAAUAUCUCAAAAGAAGAGGAAUUGUUAAACAAAAAAUCAUUGAGUAUUUUGGCAGCAAAUGGCGAGGAGGAGGCUUAUCAUUUAACACCAUAUGCUACUUAUUUAUUGAUUGCUAGGACGAUCUUGGUUGAACAUGAUUAUUUAUUAAAAGAUUUGAAAACUGAAAAUUGGUGGGCUUUAAGAACUUUAUUUCUUCAACAACGUAUACUAGAUGAUGUUGUUGAUUUUUUAUCUGUUGAACAAUUUCAAAAAGCUCAAAAUUUCAGUGGACUUGAAUGGAAACUCACAGGUGCAUUAGGAAAAAGAACAAAAUUUCAAACAUUUGAUGUAACCCAGUUAUUAAUUGUUGCAAAUAGUAGUACUGGAAACAAUGAUGAAAAAAUUGAACUUACCAAACAAAACAACAACAAUAAAAAUGACGAAGUUGGUGAUAAAUUUGAUCUAAAGAACCAAAAGAAUCUUAAAGUGAUAGAUCAAUGUAUUUUAUUGGCCUUCUGUUUAAAUGUAAAGAAUAUUAAUCCAUCUCAUGGCAUAACCACAGAACAGAUGGUCCCAUAUGUAACACGAGUUCUUGAAAAUCCAAACAAUUGGAUGGUAUACACAAUGGCUCUAUUGCUUAGAUCAAGGCUGGAAAAAGAACAUUCACGUACAAUGGAACGAUCUGUUUUACAACUUCAAGCUCUUGUGGAUCAAUUUCCAUUACAUGAACUAUCAAGUGUGAAAGAACGUAUAUUAUAUUUCUAUCAAAUUUUAAUACCAUCGAAAUGGGAAAUUGAAAGAGAAUUGGCCAUACAAUAUUUGUCAUUAGGUGUUGUACGUUCAGCUUUACAAAUUUUUGAAAGAUUGGAAAUGUGGGAGGAUGUGAUAAAUUGUUAUAUUAUUCUGGAAAAAGAAGAAAAAUCCAAAUCAAUAAUACAACAACGAUUACUUGUUACACCAAAUUCACCCAAAUUAUAUUGUUUAUUGGGAGAUAUAGAGAAAAAUCCAAAACAUUGGGAACACGCAUGGGAAGUAUCAGGAAAUCGAUAUGCAAGAGCUAUGAGAUCAUUGGGAAGUUAUUGGUAUAAACAAAAAAAUUUUAUGAAAUCAAUAGAAUGCUAUGAAAAAGCAUUAAAAAUCAAUCCGCUAUUUGAAAAUUCAUGGUUUAUUAAAGGAUGUGCAGCAAUGCAUAUUGAAAAUUGGGAGUUGGCUAUUGAGGCAUUCACACGUACUAUUUCUGUUAAUCCUGAAAACUCUGAAUCAUGGAAUAAUCUUGCUACCAUAUUUCUAAAACAAAAUCGAAAGUUUGAAGCUUUCAAUUCAUUUCAGCAAGGAUUGAAAUUAAAUUAUGAUAAUUGGAAAAUAUGGACAAAUUAUAUGUAUACAUGCGUGGAUAUAGGUGAAUUCAAUGAGACAAUCAGAGCAAUGGAACGUAUAGUUGAAUUAAGAUGGAGAAAAGACAGGGAUAAUUGUGUUGAUAUAGAAGUAUUAGAAAUAAUAGUUAAUGCAAUCACAAAAGACAUUAAAGAUAUAAAUAAAUCAGAUUCAAGUAGAUUAGCACCAAGGCUGGAGAAACUAUUAAUUGAAACAAUAACAUCAAAAAUAACAUCAAAUUAUGAAGUGUGGAAAUUGUGUUCAAGAUUUUUUUAUUGGAAGAAAGAUUAUAAACAAUCAUUAGAAUCAGAAUUGAAAGCCUACAGGAGUGUUUUAUAUGAUCCAAAAUUAGAAAGCUCAGAACAAGUAUUUCAUAAAGUCUCAAAGAGUGCAUUAGAAGUUGUAGAAGCGUACCAGAAUCUUGGCGAGUUGAAAAGUCAAAAGAAAAAAUCGAUCGAUGGUAAAGAAGUUGUUGAGGAAGAGAUGGUUUGUGAAGAUUGGUUGUAUCAAGCUAAAACUUUAUUAAAAAGUUUAAUAGGUAGAACUAAAAAAUCUUUUGAAGGAACUGAAACACAUGAUCAAUUAAUUAAAACUUUAAAAGAGUUAAAAUAA